AUGUCGACGAUGUCAGCGACAUGGAACAACGAUCCGAGCAAGUGGGUCAAGAAUGAUGGUGAUGACAACAAGAACCAUGUGGAUUUCUGGGCUGACCAUAAGGUCAACCCUCUGAACGGAGAUCACGGAGUUGGAAUCAUCUUCGAGAGAGAGGAAAAGGACGGCGAAGUCGUGGUCACUAUCAAGGACAUCAUCGCACAUGGGACUGCCUUUCGCUCAGGCCAGCUCAGCCCCGGUGAUGAGAUCAUUACUGUGGAGAACGAGAGUAUUCAAGAGACGAAGAUGUCGAAGGAUCGAGUGAAGGCGCUCUUCAUGGGCCCCAGCGGCUCGUUCUGCAACUUCGAGGUCAAACAUUCCGACGGAUCGAGAGAGAAGAUGAAGCUGGAGCGCGGAAACGCGGGUUAUUGGGCUCUCUAUGACCAGCUGCAACGAGCUCAUGCCGAGAUUAAGGGUCGAGAUGAGGAGAUCUAUUCGUGGAAGAGGAAGUACGACGGCUUGGAACGCAAAAUCCACUCUCUCGAAGAAGAGAUCGCAAGCUUGAACGAGAAGCUACGCAAGGAAAUCGCUGCAAGAACAAAGGCUGAGAGCAUGAUCAAGGUCGUCGAAGACGAACGUGACCGAGUCAAGGGUGACUGUCAGCGCCUUGAGGCCAAGAUCGAAGUCCUCCUGCGGCAGAUCAAGGAAGCCGAAGAACGCGCAAAGAAGGCCGAGAUCGAAGCUGAAGCAGCGAAGAAGGCAGCGCAGCUGGAGGAGCUUGCUCGGAAGACAGCAGAAGAGCGAGAGCAGAAGUCCAAGCAAGAAAGCAUUCAAGAGAUUCAUCUGCGAAAGGAGUUUGAGAAUGAUAAUGCUACCCUAAAGAAUGGCAAGGCACGGCUGGCCGAGCUUAGCGAGAAGAUCAAGUCCUUGACUGCCACCUCCACUCAGCUCGUCGAGGUCACCAGCCAGCUCGAGGACUGCAAGAAGAAGCUCGCCCGCGCUGAAGCGGAAGUAGAGUCACGCAAGGCAGUCAUCGCUGAGCUCCAGGCGGAGGUCAAGAAGUCAAAGUCCUCGCAGGUGUGUGACGCUCGUAGCUCCUCCCGCCCUCUGCCGCCUCCCGUCUUGUUGUCCGCUGACCGUGCCGUCCCCUCCCAGGCCUCCACAGAAGCCAAGUGCAGCACCCUCGAGUCUGAGCUCACCUUCCUCCGCGACGAGACCUCGCGUCAAAAGGCUGACCUCGCCAAGCUCGAGCAGCUGCUGAGCAAGGCCAAGGUGGAGGCUGAGAACGCUCAGAGCGCGAGUCGCGUGCUGGAGAUGGAGCUGCAGCCCCUACGCGAUCGUGAGCAGAUCCUGGAGAAGUCCAUCGGAGAGCUCAAGGCCAAGUACGAGGACACGACCAGCGAGCUCCAGCGCGAGCGAGCAGACCGUCAGAUCGCGGAGAAGCAGCUGCAUGAUGUGGGCGAGCGAUGCACGGGACUGGUCAAGAGUCUGGCCGAGACGCGCGAUGCAUUGCGUGAGAGAGAGAUGAAGAUCGAAGAGCUGGAGGCUCAGCUCGCAGACCUCAAGAUUCAGGUGGGAGCGAUUCCCCAGCUGAAAGCCAAGGUGCUGUCGCUGUCGACGGAGAAGCGUAACGUGGAGGACAUGGUGGAAGAGCUCAAGGCUGAGGUCGCAAGGUUGACCUUAAGUGAGAAGCGCAUGCGGGGUGAAUACUUGGAGGCGCAUAACAAGAUCGAGCAGCUGCUGACGGAGAUGAACGCUCUUAAGCUUGCGGGAGCCCAGAAGCUGGCCGACCUGGAGCGUCGCAUCAACGAAGAUGUUCACUUCCUUACUCAGGAGCGAGACAACUACAAGCUCGAGCUUGACCGCUUCUACUCGCUGCCCAACCCUUGCGGGAUCGGGUGUGAGAUCGAGGAGAUCAAGCAGAAGCUUCCCACCGGAGGGUCGACUGCUUCGCUUAGGGUGAAAUCAAUCUUGACAGGCUCUUCCGCCGAUCUCUGCGGGAUGAUCUGCAAGAGCGACGUCGUCCUCGAGGUUGACGGAAUCCCCACCAACGAGAUGUCGCUCGAUGACCUCAGGACGAGGAUCGCGGGUCCUCGUGGCUCGCGUGUCACCAUCAAGUUCCUUCGCGAUCGCAUUGAGGAUGGGAUUCAGGACGGGAUCCCUUAUACCAUCACCCUCAAGCGGGGCUGCUGGGGUGCUGAGCAUGCGGUGGUGUCGCCGGAAGACAGGGACAUGCUCGACCAGGGACGCUGGCCCAAGCCCGGAUCUCUCUCAGUGCCGGAGUUUAAGAUUCAGGACAUCCAUCGCUUCAACAACCUGUCGGAGAGAAACUCUUGA